UUAGGAAUCUUUAGGCACUGCAUACAUGGCUAUAUACAAAACAUGUAGAUCUGCACGUGUUUUUUCGGCCCUAGAAAUAUAAAUGCGAAUUCUGAGCAUGUUCGGGUUCAUCUGUUAAUUGCUAUUGGUUAUGAACAAGUCAAUAAGUACUCGACGCUGAAGAAUAUUGGAGUGGAGGGCUUUUAAACAACUAUUGAGAAUGCCGAUACAGUUUCCACAGUCAAAAACCUCAGGUUCUCGAUCCACUAAGAGGUCUUCGCGCGCUCCACGCGUGUUGGUGAUUGGGGGCGGAGUCGUAGGUAUGACGUCAGCAUUACAGCUUCUGCAGAAAGGUUGCAAGGUAACAGUUUUAGCCAAAGAGUUCGCCUCCCCAGUCUCCUCUGGUAAACGCAUCACUUCUGAGAUCGCUGGCGCUUUAUGGGAGUGGCCUCCAGCGGUCUGUGGGCGACAUACAAAUGAAGAGUCACUGGAGAGAGCCAAGGUUUGGUGCAUGGACAGCUAUGCCAAAUUCAUGGAGUUGGCUAUGAACUCAAAGGAAACUGGAGCUUUCCUCAGACAAUCUAUCUUCUACUUUAAGGACAAGGUUAAAGAUCUUCCUCAACAGUUGGAAAAGAUGAAUGAACUGAACCAUUUGCCAGGAUUCCGUCAUGACGCCAAACUCAUCGAAGAAACUGCUGUAAACACAGACACUGGUGUUGUGGACGCAUAUCAACAUAUGGCUCCCAUGGUUGACACAGUCACCUACAUGCAGUGGCUUUACAAACAGUGUCGUGACAAAGGCUGUCGCUUUGUACACGAUGAGAUUCACGGAUUGUUGAGAGAUCAGGCUGAAGACUUGAAAAAGAAAUACAAAGCUCAGCUGAUCUUCAACUGCUCUGGACUCAACGCCAAAGAACUGGCAGGAGAUGAAGAUGUCUAUCCUCUGAGAGGGGUGAUUCUUAAAGUGAGGAACGACGGAAGUUUAAUGCCAAAACUCAAUCACUCCAUGUGCAUAUCUAUAAUCAAGGAGUUCGAUGAGUCAGAUAAAGAAGGACAAAGCUUCGUGUUCAUUUUGCCUCGAGGUGACGACAAACUAUGGCUGGGUGGAAUGGUACAACCUCACCAGUGGGACAGAGAUCUAACGCUCAAUUAUCCACCUAUCAGAAAGAUGUUUGAGAAAGUAAAGGAGUUCUAUCCACCCCUUCGUAACUACGGAGACGAUGAUGUAGAGGAAGUGUUGGUAGGCCUGCGUCCUGCUCGCCAUGGCAACGUUCGUCUGGAGUGGGAUCCUGUGUGUCCUUCUCUUCUGCACAACUAUGGACAUGGGGGCUCGGGUGUGACUUUCUCAUGGGGCUGUGCUAUUGAAGCCAGUGCUAUGGUGGAUCGUGUUCUUAAAAGGCCACAGAUUUUGUAUUCAAAACUUUGAUCCUUCCAA